CUACAGUACUGUGGGAGACGCCGCGAGCCUGCUCCCUGUCGCAUUCUAGCUUCUUCAAUGCCUUAAGUUCCAAUCUAUGCGGCAACUGGCAGCUUGCCUCACUGCAAGUUUCCCUUCAACCUUUCUUCGUCCUUCUGACCUUCAAGUCGCUCGCUUGCAUCCAGCGAUAGUAUCCGUCGAUAUCCUUCGACCUUCUUCUCUGCUCAAGGGCACGAUCUUCUUCCCCUCCGCAACCCGCAGUGCUUUGCUCAGACGAGACGGCGCACACAGACCUCCGUGCCCGCCCAUGCCUGGUUGGCUUUACUGAUCGCAGGUUGUUGGCUACUAGUAUCCUGCACCCCGACCUUUAAGUCCAAAAACGUCGCAGUUCUUGAUUCGGCCUGGUUAGUCUCAUUCUCCGACUUCUUCCUGAACGGCUACCAAAACACUGUAUGAUGCAUGUAUUUGCAUUUGCAUUUCCAUUCAUGCCUAUCACUCUGUCCGCCUUCUUGACGUGGCACGGACUUCAGCUGACCCAAGCGUUCCAGACCCGAGCAGCAUCCUGAACCCCACCCUCACCAGACUUCUCCCAAGGGCCUUCUCGAGCCCAAAACGAAACGCUGCAAAUCUCGACAAUCUCCUCUUGCCGUUACACACGAGUGCCUCCGAGACACUGCGAAACGAUCUCUGCGUGACAAGCAUCGCUUUUCUUUACCAAUCGAUCGGCCAAGCGAUGAGAUAGAGCACGGGGUCGGUCCUUGCUUCAAGUCCGCGGACAUGACGGCCGUCGAUCCCAGCGGGCCUUUGGUGGCAGAGAGCAUCAUAUCUGCGGGCAAAACAAAUUGGAAUUUAAUGCAUGCGAAUUUGCAAACAUGGAAAGCCCCUGCCAAACUUCUCGAUGACGACUCCUACAACACCACGGUCCUACAGUUGAACCCCUCGACGUCCGAGGAUGAUCUUGACGACCGGGUUGCGCUGGAGGCACAAAGUCUCGGCUUGUUACCACAUUCUGUUGUGUCGGACUUGGUUGCUAUCACCUCCUCCCUGUCUACGGUCACGGUAGCUUCCGACUCCAUCAACCAGAGCUCAAUCCAAUCCCAAUCUACAGGCCAGAUAUCCUGUGCUUCGAGUGAUCACCGUCCGCUUACGCGAUCGUCUCAAGUCUCCGACCGCUCGCCUACACACUCCGAAUCUCCUUCAUUUCAGUCAGAAGGAGAUACGAGAAGGAACUCGCCUUUAAGACGAGGCCUGAGGAAGAUGACAGGAUUUCGAAAGAAAAGAUCAGGCUCGACAGCUCUUGCAUCACCAACAUUGACGAGCAUCAGUAGUGAUACGGACACACAACGCAGUGAAGAAGCAUCCAUCGACAUGAAAAGCCCGUUGUCGAUCAAGUCGAGCAAGAGUUCGUGGUCGCAACCAUUGUCAGUCAGCAAGCCGAGCUAUGAGCAACCCUUGCCCUUCGAUGAAGAUGCCACCAAAAGGAGCAUUGAAUGUCGACGCUUGCUGAACCUUCGAAUGAGUCAAAUGGACGAAAUGGCGCGCUUCCUCGAGUUCCAGUCCUCUCUGAUAUCGAAGCUGAGGGCUCAGAAAGAAGAUUUCAAGAGGCAGAGACAGGCGGACCACGAAAGGAUACUUUCCGAGCAAAGCCUAAAGAACGAGCAAGCCGUUGAAGAACUCGAAGCCCGUCAAUUGGAGGAGGAGAUGAAGAUGCAAAAAGAGCAUGAGCUGGAGAAGAGAGCCGUAAUGGUGCGGCUGCGACACAUGGAAGCCUAUUGUCACAAUCCCACGCCACCACCAGAGAUCAUCAGCCCGGCUUCCGGACGUUCAUCAACGGAUUCCAGCUUUCCGGAGAGAAGAGUCACGGACAAAGAUUAUCACAACCUUGCGCAACAAUAUCGUGAACGCGAUGCUAUGGAUACCUUGCAUACCUCCAAGAUCAAUGUCCUACGAGGCAGGCAGAAAAAGGCCGUCGAGAAAUUGAUGGCCAAAAAAGAGGGCGAGCUCAAAAAGUUGGAACUAGAACAAGAGAAACAGCUCCAGGCCAUUGACCAAGCCUUUGGUGCCCAAGAAGCCGAUCUGAGGUUGGCUCUCGAAGCGAAGCGUAUCAGACUUGAAACGAGGUGGAAGACGCAAGCAUUGAUUGAACGGACCAAGAUGGAGAAGGCCACGGGCUUGACUUACGCUCCAUUGCCCGAUGUCAUCGCUAUCGAGGAUUCUAAUGCUACAGGUCUCGCCCUUUGACGACCCCUGGACGCGACAAUGAUCUACUUCCGGCCCAGCAUACCAGUGGUGGCUUCAGCUCUGUUGUUGGGCUCAUGAUGGCUUUUCUGAAAAUUCUGGCGCAAGUUCAUUUUCAAAGCUGUGCUUCACGCCGACAGAUACCCCUUGCUUGUCUGUUCUUGUCGAAUGUACCAUACUAGUUCUGCGCUGUGGAGGUCACUGAAGGCUCUUGCAGGCGAGUGCCGACCUAUAAUGGAGAUGUACGGUGAAUGAGACGGAGAAGAAUGAAAAGAAGCUAGCAUAUCACGCUUCAACGACUGCUACGAAAUGUCGGUAGAACGGGUUUCAGGGCCAAUAUGUACACAGUAUACGACAGUGAUGAAUGAGACGGAGUUCCAAAAUCAGAUGCCAUUAAUGAAGCUUUGUCGUCACAAGAUUGACACGAUACUCCUGUUC